AUGUCCGACUCCGAUUCUGAAGCUGAAGCAAAACCUCAGACCCGAUUUCCAAAACAGAUGACCAAGAAGAACCGCACUCAGAUCCUUCUUUUCGUCCUCCUGGGAGUUCUUGUUACAUCGUUGCUAUGGAGCUUGGUUGUUAUCGCCCUUCUUAGUCAGGCACGAAGAGCGAACUCGCAAUCCUCGUAUGACGGAAGUCUUGAACUCAGCAAAGGAGGAGACUCUCAGAAAUCGGGUACAUCGUCUAUCAACAUUCUCCAUUGCGGUGAUAGCCCCGAUGAGGCGAGAGCAAUGGGUUGCAAGUUUCAAAUCCAUACCUAUGCAUGGGUUCCCGCACCGUGCUUCGAUCCAGUCUUGCAAGAGGAAUGGCUGAAUCUUCGAGACUGGGAGUACUAUACCGACAAGUACGACGAAGGCGAGCAGGUGGACAUCUCUGUGGCCUUGGCGGGGGAGAGAAAUCUAUAUUCGACGUGGGGUCAACACAUUGAGCACUGUGCCUUUACAUGGAGGAAAUUCACUCGUUCACAGUCAGGCUCGGGGGUUUUGUUGACUAAUCGAGAUCUCUCUUACGAACAUGUUCAUCAUUGUUCAGAUGCACUGCGGACGAAGUUUGAGCAUCCAUGGACCGACGUGAAUACGAGGGUGAAGGUGGAAUUUCAUAUGUGCUAG